GAUUAGCCGUAACCACAAUCAAGAUAACCUUUCUAGUUUUCCCCAUAAUUUUUAACUAUAUAAACUCUUGAAGAUGUUAUGGUGGUCAAUAGUUCAACGUUUAAGAAGACGAAAGUGUACCUAACAUGGCUAAGAAUUAUAUUGUUAUAACCCUCUUUGUGAUUAUAUCCCUAUAUAAUGUUUUCGCUUUGGAAUGCUAUACUACAGAUCUAAGAACGCUACGAAACAAAAAUCCUCAAAGCGGCAAACACCAGUUGCAAAAUUGUCAGGAAUAUAUGAAAGAUGUUCUACGAAUGCGAGGAAUAACCAACCCAAUGUUGCCCCCAAAUAUCAACUUCCAUUGCUUUUCGCUUACAGUUGAUAGAGGUGCCAACGACGUAGUCGUUAAAGGCUGCAUGCCGUUAUAUGGUUGCGGUUUAAUGAAAAAUAUCGUCACCUUAAUGAUGAAAAGUGGAAGUUAUGGUAGGACGCACAAGGUCCAAUGCAACGAAUGUACCGGAAUUGGUUGUAACAAACCACGUUUGUUUGAAAAGUCAUCGUUGGCCAGUUCUACUUUACUAGACUACUAAACCUAACUUGUUUAUUUAUUUAUUUAAUUUAUUUUGUGCAAAUGUUCAGUAUUAAAGUAAUGAGUAAUAAACAACCGAAUAAAAAAUUGUUACAGUA